AUGGUAGCCACACGACGAAUGGUCCAAAAGGACCCCGAAGACGACGAGCUGGCCUCGGAUCACGAGACGAUGCUCAAGAAGAAGCCGGUUCGGAAGGCGACUGCUGCGAAGGCCGCUACGAAGACUGCUGCGAAACCGGAGACUUUAAGCAAUGGAAGAGCUGCAAAGGGGAGGCAACUGGAGGUUGAGGUGGAUGCGGAGGAGCAGCCUGCGAAGGGCGGGAAAAGGGGACCUGGUCGGCCGAAGAAGGAUGCAGCGACUGCGAAGGAGGACGUUGAGGACGCGAAGCCGGCCAAGGCGACAAAGGCGGGUUCUGUGAGGGGCAGGAAGGCCGCUGCACCGCUUGAAGAGGAGACAGUAGAGGAGGAAGUCGAGCAGCCGAGAGCGACAAGAGCUACGAAGGCCAGCACGCUGCGCGGGAAAAGAGCUGCACCUGCGAUGAAUGAAGUAAAGUCUGCAGUGGAAGAACCGAAACCCGCGAAUUCCACCAAGGCCGGCUCCGUGAGAGGCAAGAGAGGAGCCGAACCUGUCGAGAAAGCACCUGUUCUACCAGCACCUGCACCGAAGGCGACCCGUGGCACUCGAGCGACAGCAGCCAAGGCACAACCGUUGAGUCCUAAGAAGAUCACGCAAGUGUCUAAGCCUGCUACGCGUACGACUAGAAACGGAAAGCGAGUGGUCACGGCUGCACCGGCGAAAGCUCCUGUGCAGACCAAUGCAACUACAAGGAAAAGGACAGUCUCAGACGAGAACGCUGAACUCCCAGACUUGGAAGCGGCUUUCGACGAGGACGAUGAUGUUGCGGUGCUCGCAAGUACUCCAGCGAAAACCAAGCCCACGCCAGCGCAGACGAGGAAGCAGCAGUCUGCAAAGGAGGAGAGCGAGGCAUCUCUGAGCUCCAGGCCAACUACUCCAAAUGACUCCACGCUGCGAAGCUUCGACCAGGAAGGUCCGGAGAAGGACGAAGAGAUGAACGACACUGCAUCUGUUUCCGCUCAAGACGAAGCCGAAAACACCGAUGAAGGAGCCUCUGAGGACGAGCUGUGUGGGCCUAAGACGCCCUUGAAGCGAGGAAGCGCAGAUGCAGAAGCCCGCUACCUCUCCUCAGUUCAACGCACCAUCCGCAAGUACGAAGAGGAGCAACGCCUGCAAACUCCCGCUCGCCGCUAUGCUGUGCUUGGAUCCCAGAAAGGUACGCCACAGACUCAGAAGCCAUACUGCAAGCCGGUUCCUCCAUCCUCUGAGGUUAGGCCCAUGACUGUCGCGAGAGGUGGCAGCAGGGCGAUGGUAUUCCGCGACCUGCGUGAGGGCGCUCCAGCGUUUCCGAUGCAAGAAGAGUCUAUCGCGGAGGAGGAAGACGAGCCAUCUUUUGUUGUCGACGAGAAUAUUAUUCCCAUGGACGAGCCAGAAGACGAGCACGAGGUCGAGCCAUCGGUGCCGUCCACCCCAGCGACUGCUUCUGACGCACCGUUGCAACUCCAGUCGCCACCUGAGUCGAUCACGGACGCUGAAGAAAAUGAUGAGCCUGGCCAGAUGAUCACUUCGCAUGGCAUUGAAGAAGAGGGUUUCAUCGCCCCUGCUCAGAUCGAGCAAGAUCCUGAUGAAACUAUGCUUGUGGAUGAUGCUAGCCUUCAGGAAGAAGAUGAGGCUGAAGAAGAUAUCGAAGACGAGGAAGGAUCUAACUCCAUUACACCUAGCGACUCGUUCGAGACGGAAGAUACGGUUAUCAUCAACCGAUCAGCACUUGGACUUGGACUGGAUGACCACGAGAUGUCGGACGAUGCUGCCAACGAGACGGAAGAUGGGAACGAGUCACUCAGUGAUCAUGAGGCACCAGCACCGGCGUCCGCCAUCAAAGCGGUUGACUGGCAAAACCCUUCUAAGCAGGAUACUGCCAUUACUGUCAAUUUCGAUGAUCUGUUCAGCGGUGCUCGCAACGCAGCGUCUGCAACUUCAAACGAGGAACAGGCAUACGAGGGUGCACCACCGUCGCAAGCCGAUGAUGAGGACAAUACCGCUGGUCGAAAAGCCAUGGAGAUCGACGUCGAUGCUUCGAUGCCCGCUGAGCUAGAUGUAGCCACCCAAGAGCGUGAGUCCCGGCGCCAGACCAUGAACUUGAGCGACUACAUUGAUAUGGCUGCGCUCACUGAGCCGACGGAAGCUUUGAACUUGGCAGAUUUGGCACAACUAGAGCAAGAAGCCGAAGAGCAUGCCGGUGCAGAGGCUACUCCCAGCUCACCGGCCGAAACGCAGGCAGCAGAAGAUGAAAUGGAGGAGGCUGGUCUUGAAGAAACCACCGCAGCUGCUGCUAUACCUGGGGAUGAAGAUGAUAGCGCGAACUCGUCGACAGACGAUACAGACAUGUUUGACCUCGAUCUUGCUCAAACGCAGACGAGACCACGACCCGAAGAAGAGCCACCUGCAGAGGAAGCGAUUGCUGAUGAAGAAUUGCCGCACUACGCCCUGCCAACCUUUGCGUUCGACGCAAGGCGCAAGUCUUUGCCUGCGAUCAGCCAUCAGACACCUUUCAAAGCCGGCAGUCGACCAAACACCUCAGAUGGCGCCAGCAUGCCAAGGGUCGUCAACCCAUUCUCGGAUCACUGGUGGUCUAGAUCUCGCGCUGGUUCUACGGCUACCACACCAGUCAAGAGCAGGCCAAGCAUGAGUCGUGCUCCGUCAACUGCAAUCCCUACGGUACAAUCACCAGCUAAGACGCCGGUGGCUAAGCCUAAGGAGCGCUUUCCUCGACUUGCGCCGAGGCAGGACUACGAAGAGCAUGCGGAGACGUCGGUGGCCACGCCGAAGGAGCGGUUUCCUCGCCGUGCACCGAGGCAGGACUAUGAGGAUCAUGCUCAGACCGUGGCUGCACCUGCGAGAUUCCGUGACCCGACGGAAAAGCCUGCGAAGAGGCGCGAGACGUUCCACAGGGCGACUUCGGGACGAGUGACUACGUUUAAUCCGAAGCCGAAUGUGCUCGAGGAGCCGAAGGCUGCGGAUGUUGUUGCCACACCGAAGGCUGCUCCACGGCAGUACGACGGUAGUCAUGCGCAAACGGUCGCUGCACCAGCGCGGUUUCAAACGCCUGCAGAGAAGCCUGCGAAGCGCCGAGAGACCUUCCAUCGGGCGACUUCUGGGCGCGUGACUGCUUUGAAUCCCAAGCCCUCGGUCAUUGAGACUUCGAAAGCUGAAGAAGCGCCGGAGAAGGCUGAGGUUGAUUCUGUCAUUCCAGAGGUGGAGUCCACACCAGUUGCAACACCAGUCGCCGCGCCAGGUGAGCGGUAUCCACGUAUGAAUCUACGCAAUGGCUACGCAGACCAAGCGAAGACCCUGGCAGGACCUGUUCGCUUCCGGACGCCGACGAAGACAUCACCUCGCAAGCGUCCAGCUACCGCACAGAAGUCUGACUCCCUACGGAAAGCUGCACUGAAAGGCAGCACUCCUCGAGCUUCACACACUCCCAUCAAGACACCGCUGAAAGCACCGGCCACGACACCAGCACAAGAGCCAAUGACUCCUCACCCAGCAGAACCACUCCGCAGUGUCGUCGCUCUCGUCGAAGUCUUCACACUUGAAGGCGCAUCUGCCUCAGCACCCUUCGUUGCGCUCCUGCACCGCCUUGGAGCAAAAACAACUAAAGCAUGGAGCGAGCGGGUCACCCACGUUAUCUUCAAAGACGGCUCGCCGACUACCCUCCAGCGAGUCCGCCUCAACAACAAGACAGCCGAGGAGAAAGGUUCUGGUCCGAUCGUUCACUGCGUCAACAGCCGCUGGGUCAGCGACUGCGACAACGAAGGUGCUCGCAUGGACGAGUCGGACGAAGCGUACGCCGUCGAUGUCGCUGAGAUCCCACGAGGCGGCCGACGCAGACGCAAGAGCAUGGAGCCGUCUGCGCUGCUGAACAUCGGUGGCAACAUCGUCCGCGACCGGAAGAGCAGUUCUGGCCGCGCCAGCUCAUUUGGCCGCUCCUCCCUCAAACUCGUUGCUGAAUCGCCCGGAAAGAGGGCCGAAGAAGCUGAAGAAGACUUCACGCCAAUCAAGGAUGUCUCGGUAAUGGACAAGGAGAACAGCGGCGAAGAGGGAAGUUCGCCGGUGACGCCGGCGUAUCUGAAGGGACCGGGUAUGAUUGUGCAGCAGACCGCGCCUAUGAAUCGCGUUCGGAAGCUUGAUCUGCCGGGCAAGGAUAAGACGAAAACUCGGAGGUUGACGUUCUGGAAUGGGGGGAAGUAG